GCUGGGUGAACCAGUGCAGCAAUGACACUCCUCCAUGAUUGCAACAUUUGAUGCCCUCCCCUUCCUCUUUCUGGUGCUGCCAGUGGGCAAAGCACUAAACCACGAAACUAAACUGAACAAGUAUUAUCUGUGAGUACUUUCACUGUCUCAAAUUUCAAAUCAUAUCAACUUUCCCAAUUUUUCAAACAAUUCUCCUACCCUACUGCUUGUAGAGUUUGGGGGUGAAAUAGCAACCUUGGAAAAACUCGCUUCAGCUAUUUGUCCAUAAGAAACACAGAGUAAGGAACAGACAAGCGCUUUAAACUUCUUUUUUCACUUUUUCUUGCUUUUCUUUUUUCUUUUUUUUUUCAGCUGUUCACUUUGGGUGUGAACCUGUUGGAGUGCAGAAGAUGGAAGACAGCAUGGACACAAGAUAUCUGCUGCUGUUCAUACUUUGGAGUUCACACAUCUACUUGGGAAAUGCUGAAGGUACUGCGGUCAAGCCUAGACUCUCUCUGGAGGGGACCCUGCCAGUGCUCACUGGGCAUGCUGUCACCAUAAGCUGUGAACUACAGUCUACUGGGUGGAUCUUCUACUUCUACAAAACCACGUCUGACUCCCAGCCUGUUAGCGUGUCUGAGGUAAACUCCUACAGCAUCAGCUCUGUUAAAGUCUCUGAUGGAGGACAGUACUGGUGCAGAGCUGGGAGAGGAGACCCACUCUAUCACACACCGUACAGCAACGAGGUUUGGGUGAAUGUCACCGAGAGACCAAAAGCUGUUGUGAGUCUGCAGUAUAAUUGGACAGAAGUCUUCCGUGGAGAGACAGUCACCCUACGAUGUGACAUCAAGACAAGGGGAAACCCUGACUGGGAAUACAGCUGGUACAGAAAAGGAAGUUCUCUGUCUGGUAAUCAGAAUCUGUAUACAUUCACUGCUACUUCUGUAUACAAAGACACGUUCACAUGUAAAGGGACACAGAGAAGCGUCCAAAUGGAGUCAGACGUCAGUGAACCUUUCAUUUUGAGCGUAUUCGAGAGACCAACGGCAGUUCUUAGAAGACUUCCACAGACCUGGUUUACUGAAGGAGACUUGGUGACUCUGAGCUGUGAGGUUAGAGGCUCCACUACAGGAUGGAGAUUCCACUGGUACAAGACUGCCCCCUACAGUCCUGAGUUGGUAUAUGUGUUACAUGAGAGUAGGAGAUAUUCUCUACAGCUGGUCUCAGACAGCAUCAGUGGAGCUGGAGGCUCCUAUACUCUCAGCCCAGCUGCUCUUAGACACACAGGGGUUUAUGUGUGCAGAGCAGAGAGAGGAGAGCCAGCCUAUCACACAGAGUUCAGCAAGGCUCAACCUCUCUUUAUAACAGGUCGGUCUUCAGCCUCACUGGUCAUCAGACCCAACAGAACCCAGCACUUCACGACCGCGUCUCUGUCACUGAGCUGUGAGGUCCAGGACAAUUCCACUGGAUGGAGACUGAGAUGGUUCACCAAGAGAGAAGAAAUAUCAGAGUGUCCAUCUUUGUGGACCACAGCAGCGGGACCUCGAUGUAGUACUGCCCAAUUGCUCCCAUCUGACAGCGGAGUGUACUGGUGUCAGUCAGACUGCAAGUACAGUCACAUUGUCAACAUAACAGUGCACAGUAAGAAGUCAACAUAUCUGUUGUAUAAUGUGUAUCCACAAUUCAAUUAAUUAUAUUUGAACUCAGUAUCAAAAAGGAUUGUCUUCCCUUACUUGCUAGUAUAAUUUGGUGUAAUAUGGAUUGACCCAACAUAUAGACAUGUCAUCAGGCCCUCAAUCACCCAGGUCAUCUAUGUACAUGGGUGCCAAGCCACUUCUGACUUCAGCCAACCUCUUGAGAUGUUCGUUCAUAUGUUCUUUAAUACAAAGAUAAAGCACAAAUUAACAUUGACUAUGACUGUUGCAGUUAAAAUGUCGUCUGAUGCAUUGUCUUUGAGAAUUCAGAAACCACCCAUGCAGUAACUUGUGAAGUUGUCAUUCCAUGUAGCAUGUAGCAUGUAGCUUUAACCCCAUUCCUUUCUGUCUGCACAGAUGGUCCGGUGAUCAUUGACAGCCCUGCCUACCCAGUGACUGAGGGGGACCACCUGAGUCUGCGCUGCAUAUAUCGCUCCCCCCCA